AUGUUUCUCAGUAUCAGCAUCGCCUCCUGGCUCGUGAUAGGUAUCAUAGGCGUUGGCUUGUGCCUCGUCGUAAAACUCUUUGAGACUUCGUCGGUUCCUAAUGGCAUUCCUCGGGUUUUGAACAGAGAGGAUCUUGUAGGACGUGCGGUGGAGCGUUUCGUUGGCGUCAAUCCCAUAGGCUUCAUUCGGGAGGGUUAUCAGAAGUACUCUAAGCAUCAGAAACCAUUCGUGCUGCCCAGCGUCGCUGAAGGCGAUGAAGUUCUUCUUCCAAAAGACCUGGCUAAGCACGUCUUGUUUUCGAAAGAAAACGAAUACAGCUUCAAAGCUUAUAUUACUGAUUUUUUCCAACUGAAGUACACCAGCUGGCCGCUAGCUUUUGCCAAGAAAUAUGAUUUCUAUGUCAAACUUAUCAGUAAAGAUCUGACUGAAACCCUUAAGACGGACUCGGUUGCAAGGUCACUGGCUGAGGAAGCCCGAUCAUGUCUGGCAGACCUCUGGGGCGAGGAUUCAGAGACAUGGGUCGACGUCAGCUUGUACUGUGCAAUGGAGAAGAUGGCGUCGCGGAUGAUUAAUGUGCUUGCAAUUGGACCAGGCCAUAGCGACGAGACUCUUCUGAAUGCCAUGGCACAUUGCUCAGAUGCCAUCGUUUUUGGGGCAAGUAUCAUCAAGGCAUUUCCGUCUUUCCUUCACCCAAAGCAAGCCUUACUUAAUAGAGAGCGGACCUUACCUACUAAGAUAGGCGGAAGAUACUUCGAGGUGAUUUUUCACAAGCGCAUGAAGCCUAUCAUUGAGUCCAAGAUCAAAGAGCAGCAAAAGCAGAGGGAUCCCGAAGCCCAGGAGGAAACACUGAAGUCUGUGGACAGCUUGCUUGACCUGCUCAUUCGCGCCGGACUUCGCAGCAAAUGGCCGAUUGAAGCCACGUCCAUGUGGUUAUCAUAUAGAAUCUUUAUGAUCAAUUUCCCGGGUGUACACACGACUGCGGUCUCUGCUACAAGUGUUCUUCUGGAUAUUCUAAGUGAUCCCAUUGAUGAGAAUCUUGUCAAUCAUCUCAGAGCAGAAAUUGAGAGCAUUGCUGGUAAUUCAAGUGGUUACUGGAAUGCAGAGGACCUGGAAAGGGCUGCUCUGCUGGACAGUGCUGUGAAGGAGAGCCUUCGGUUGAACGGCAUCAACGCUGCCAGCCCAACGAGGAAGGUCGUCGCCCCCACUGGUGUCAGUCUUGCGAACGGUCUUUUCCUACCUUGCGGGACAAAGGUCGGGAUCCCCCAGUAUGCCCUCCACCGUGAUGAGGAAAUAUAUCCGGAGGCGGACAGAUACAAUCCCUAUCGGUUUUACAUCGAGAAUGCAUCUGAAAGCGCGAUACGUCAGAGUUCGAUGACCACAACUAGCGAUGAGUAUGUGGUCUUCGGUCACGGCCGUCGGCAGUGCCCUGGACGCUUUAUCUUUGCCCACAUUUUCAAGGUGUUCAUCGCGGAGAUGCUACUAAACUAUGACGUUCAGCCUAUCUUAGUGCGUCCUAAGAUUCACAUUCCUGUCCAAUUACUUGAGUUACCUCAUAGGCAUUGGGAGAUACAGGGGUCAUUCAAGAGUAGAUUUGCCAAACUCUCGUCGACAGGCCUGUCUGGCCGUAUAAUAUCCCUCCCCGGUCUGCUUUAG